AUGGCGGGGGGCCGCCGGGGACUUGUGGCCCCUCAGAACACUUUUCUGGAGAAUAUUGUCAGGCGCUCCAACGACACCAACUUUGUGCUGGGCAACGCACAGAUCGUCGACUGGCCCAUCGUUUACAGCAACGACGGAUUCUGCAAAUUGUCGGGGUAUCACAGGGCGGAGGUCAUGCAGAAGAGCAGCACCUGCAGCUUCAUGUACGGCGAGCUCACCGACAAAGACACGACGGAAAAAGUGCGCCUGACGUUCGAGAACUACGAGAUGAACUCAUUUGAAAUCCUCAUGUACAAGAAGAACAGGACGCCCGUGUGGUUCUUCGUGAAGAUCGCGCCCAUUCGAAACGAGCAGGAGAAGGUAGUCCUGUUCCUGUGCACUUUUAGUGACAUCACCGCCUUCAAGCAGCCCAUUGAGGACGACUCGUCCAAAGGCUGGGGUAAGUUUGCUCGACUGACCCGAGCUCUGACCAGCAGCCGUGGCGUUCUGCAGCAGUUGCAACCAACCGUCCACAAAGGAGAAAACGUCCACAAGCAUUCACGCCUGGCUGAGGUGCUCCAGCUGGGGUCCGACAUCCUCCCCCAGUACAAACAGGAGACCCCCAAGACGCCCCCACACAUCAUCCUGCACUACUGCCUCUUUAAGACCACAUGGGACUGGGUCAUCCUAAUCCUGACGUUCUACACAGCCAUCAUGGUGCCCUACAACGUGUCCUUCAAGACCAAGCAGAACAAUGUGACCUGGCUGGUGGUGGACAGUAUCGUGGACGUCAUCUUCCUGGUGGACAUCGUUCUCAACUUUCACACUACUUUUGUUGGCCCGGCCGGGGAGGUCAUUUCCGACCCCAAGCUUAUCCGCAUGAACUACUUGAAGACCUGGUUCGUCAUAGACCUGCUCUCCUGCCUGCCCUAUGAUGUCAUUAACGCCUUUGAAAAUGUUGAUGAGGGCAUCAGCAGCCUGUUCAGCUCCCUGAAGGUGGUCCGCCUCCUGCGACUGGGCAGAGUGGCUCGCAAACUGGACCACUACAUCGAGUAUGGCGCUGCCGUGCUUGUUCUGCUGGUGUGCGUGUUCGGCCUGGCAGCUCACUGGCUGGCUUGCAUUUGGUACAGCAUCGGUGACUACGAGGUAAUCGACGAGGAGACCAACAUUGUGCGGACGGACAGCUGGCUGUACAUCCUUGCCGAGACGGUGGGAACACCGUACCGCUUCAACACCAGCGGCUUGGGCAAGUGGGAAGGCGGUCCCAACAAGGACUCGGUCUACAUCACCUCACUCUACUUCACCAUGACCAGCCUCACCAGCAUCGGCUUCGGCAACAUUGCGCCUACCACCGACGGGGAGAAGAUCUUCGCCGUGGCUAUGAUGAUGAUCGGAUCUCUCCUGUACGCCACCAUCUUCGGUAACGUGACCACCAUCUUCCAGCAGAUGUACGCCAACACCAACCGCUACCACGAGAUGCUCAACAGUGUACGCGACUUCCUCAAGCUUUACCAGGUGCCCAAGGGCUUGAGUGAGCGAGUGAUGGACUACAUCGCUUCCACCUGGUCCAUGUCGCGGGGCAUUGACACGGAAAAGGUGCUGCAGAUUUGUCCAAAGGAUAUGCGGGCGGACAUUUGCGUCCAUCUCAACCGCAAGGUAUUCAAAGAGCACCCGGCCUUCCGACUGGCCAGCGACGGCUGUCUGCGGGCGCUGGCUAUGGAGUUCCAGACCAUCCACUGCGCCCCUGGUGACCUCAUCUACCACGCCGGCGAAAGCGUGGACAGCCUCUGCUUCGUGGUGUCAGGCUCUCUGGAAGUCAUACAGGAUGACGAGGUCGUGGCCAUCCUGGGCAAGGGAGACGUCUUUGGGGACGUCUUCUGGAAGGAGGUAACACUUGCUCAAGCCUGCGCCAAUGUACGUGCUCUGACGUACUGUGACCUCCAUGUCAUCAAGCGUGACGCCCUGCAGAAAGUGCUUGAGUUCUACACAGCCUUCUCCAAUCACUUCUCCCGCAAUCUGCUUCUCACUUACAACUUGCGAAAGAGGAUGGUGUUCCGAAAAAUCAGCGAUGUGAAACGAGAGGAAGAGGAGCGUCAGAGGCGGAAAAACGAAGCCCCUCUUAAUUUGCCUCCUGACCACCCGGUGCGUAAACUCUUCCAGCGCUUCCGGCAGCAGCGGGAGGCUCGAACGGCCACGGAAAAGCCGAGUGAAGAGAAUGACGUGGAGAAGGGUCCCCUCUAUGUGGAAAUUCCCAAGACAGCAAUCAUCACCACCAGCAUUGUGACAGUGACGGAAAGCCCGGCAACGCCGUCGUCGUCCACACCUGUGUCGUCACCCCCCAGCUGCGCCCCUUCGGACAAGGUAAAGCUACAGGUGCCGCCUCCGGCCUCUCUGGUGGGAGGUCGGGCCGCCGAACCGGGCAAAGUCAAAGGCUGGGGGCGCUUCAAGGAAUCCAUGGCGAAACCUGAAAACUGGAAAACGGUGUCCAAAGCAGAGUCCAUGGAGACGUUGCCAGAGCGAACCAAAGGUCACGAGUCACAGAUGCCCUUGAAGAAGACGGACUCGUGUGACAGUGGCAUCACCAAAAGCGACCUGCGCCUCGACAAAGUAAGCGACUUCCGCUUGACGCCGCAGGACCGCAGUCCCGUGCAGCCUCCCGAAAUCAGACGUUCCUUCUGCCCCAUUCCCGAGCAGACCCUACACGCCUCGCUUCAAGAACUCAAGCUGGAACUUAAAGACGACCUGAAGAGCCUCAACGUCCGAAUGUCAGGUCUGGAGGCGCAGCUAGCCGAAGCCCUCCAGCUCCUUAAAUCCAGGACGCCCACCACCGGCUCUCCGCAAGGUCUCUUUGACAUUUCCAGACCCGCGUCUCCAGAAGCCGACAAAGAGGAGGACAUUUUCUCGUGA